UUUUUUGUGGGUGACUCUUGGGCCCGGCUUUGGUGCCAGCCGGGCGGAUGCCUGCUGGACCCCAAGGUCCACACUCCGAAUGGCCAUCACAUCCCUCUUCUCUCCUGCAGGAGGCGGCGGUGGAGGCGGCUACCACCCGGGUCACGACAGCUACGGACGAGGAGGGCGCGGCAGACCCGGCUUUCCUGGCACUAAUUAUGGUGGAGGCGGCUACUCCACGCCCGGCAACCAGCAAGGCAACAGGAUAGCGCAGAUUGCAUCUCCCAUCGUCUCCGUGGUGGUGGUGACGCUGAUUGGGGCGGCAGUCAGCUACUAUAACCGGAGAAGAAACUGUCUCAGGACAAACGAACCACAGUCUGUCUGAGGUCUUCAGAAUCCACCCACCGCUCUGAGAAAGCCUCCGUUCAGAUGACAACCCUGUCGAUCCCCUGGAACGUCCCUUUCAUUCUUGCCUUCACCCGCUGCCCUGGAGGGUCUUCCCUUCUGUUUGCAAUAGACGCGCUGCCCCCACAAAGAAGGGGGUUCCUGAUUCCUCAGAUACAUCGAUGUGAACAAGGUCGACAGCUGGAUCUUGGGUUGUAAAGAGAUUGCUUGAUCUGUGGGUUCCAUUGGCCAUGCGGCCUAAGAGGUUCUGACUCUGGUCAGAGAACACAGUGGCCAGGAGAAUAGCUGGGGGUCUUGGGUGGGGCUGCCGUGGAGGACUUCCAAAGGAUGAAAGCAGCUGCUUGUCAGCAGACAAGCUUAGCUGAUGCUAUAGAUUCCUUGCAAAAGUGAAAGUGUUAGUUUCUCAGUGGCAACUGACUCUUUGAGACCCCUUGGACUGUAAUCCACCAGG